UCUGCAUUAACACACUGUCGUGAGGAAAACAUUCACUGCCUGAUGCUUGGUUCAGCCAAUAACAAACUCAAAUCUGUAUACAACUGAUACGCCAAAACAACAACAAAAUGAAUCGUCCGCGGAGAUAUUGUUGUUAUCGCGAUUGCGAUACGAAUAGUUUUUCGAAUCCAGAGCGCACACUGUUUCAGUUCCCAAAGGAUGAAGUUAGGGCGAACAAAUGGCUCGAGGCCGGAGCAAUCGAGAAAGUCGACUCAUCGCCACGGUUUAUGUGCGAUCUGCAUUUUUCCAGGAUUUAUAUGUGCUUCAGUUCCCGUAGGAAAAUGCUGCUAAAUACAGCCGUUCCCUACCCCUAUGGUGUGAGCGACGAGGAUCAGGAUCAGGAACAGGUCCAGAGUACUUCACAGGACAUCCGAGAUGAAGAAUCUCUCAGUGAUCAGGAACAUGAAAUGCACACAGAAAUAUUAUACGUGGAUAGUGAGGAAAUCCAAGAACCAGAGGAAAUAUCAGACGAACGAACCGUUGUGAUUAAACGACCACUGACUACAUCCCCAGGAACGCAUUCCAAAGCGAAACUUCUUAAGAUUGAAAAAUUUCCUACUGCUGCGCGCUCGACCGUGGUUUCCUCGUCCUCACCAAGUACGAAGUCUGAUCCUCUAAAGACCACCAGUGCUCCAGAAGCUUUGAUUCUACGGAAGAUUAAAUUGAAGAAAGCAUCUAAGCCUGCUGAGGCAAAUUCCGAGAAGAUUGUAGUUAUGCAGAAAACCAUUAAGAUUGAGGAAGAGAAUGACGCGUCAAAGCCACUGGAACGAAUUAGAUCCUCGUUGAGCUUAUCUCCGGCGAAAAAAAGUCCCCAACGUAACGCAGAGCAUGCAGAAAAUCCUACUGGAACAACGCAAACACCACAACCAGUUUUGUCACCCGCCAGCAGCAGCAGUUCUAAGACACCGCUGAUCGAAACAUCCAUUCAGACCAAUACUAAAGCCAAGGAGAAGAACGAAUCAAUUUACGAGUUUAUUUUCAAGGGAGAGGAAUAUGUUCAGCUGCCAAAAGCUCAGUAUGUUGCCGAGAAGCAGGAGAUAGAGUGUCUGGUAGAUCAAUCUCAACAAGAAAAAUGUGAGCUGCAAAAGCAGCUCGAUUAUUAUAGAAAGAUCGUCAACCAGUUGAAGCUGACACUUCAGGAUGUGCCUGAAUAAAUUUUUGCAAUGAUUUCAUCUAUCUAGAACGUGAUUGUUUCAAUUAAUUCAAUGUUCAUAUGCGCGAGUGGUCGUAUAGAAAGGUUUGAUGAUAAAAUAAACAAUAUACAGUAGAGCUCCUAUUAUUCUCAAAUAUGAUGGCAAGAUAACGCAGAUAACGUAAGAGAAAAAUAAAUAUUCAACGUUCGCAUUACAGAGCCAACCCAGCAAACAUUAAAUCGUAUAACUAUUGCACAUGCUAAGCCGCAUAUAAAUUCGUAUCAAAUUACAAUCAUAUAAAAUAUCAAUUCUAGGAAGGUUCAUGUUUAACCGAAAUCGUAUAAAAUGCAAAAACACAAUUUUCUAUAUCACUGAUGGAUUAAGUCGUAUAUCGGUAUAACGAUCAUCCUAGUACCACAAUAUGCAGUUUUAUACACUCAGAUUCUAUCCAUUUGUUUUCGGGCCUGAUGAUAUGGUACAGAUUAAUUUGCCUCUCUAAAUCACCAAUCACCACCAGAAAUCGACACUGUACAUACGACACCAGGGGGUCUCCGUAGCCACAUUGGUUGCGCGUUCGCUUAAAUAACCACGUCCACGCAACAAUCAUCAGCGAUGGAGAUCGAUCCACGGUCGAAAUAAGAUCGAUUCAUCCAUACAACUGCUCUGCUCUGCAAGACACAUCGGGCUGCUGUUCUAUAAAUAACUCAACCAAUGAUCAAUCAACUGUCUCCGCUGUCCGGUCUAACUGGAUAAUGGAAGAACAGAAGGAAAAAACUCUUACGCCUAAAUGGCUAUUGUGUAAAUGUACUAUAUGCAAUGGUAUAGAAGGAAUUCUCUUUACGCCGAGAAAUGGCAACUGUGUAAUGUGCUAAUUAUUGAUAUGAUAACCAUGUGACAUGUACACGAUAAAAAUUCGGCUCUGUUACAGCUAAUAUGCUAAUGAGCCUGAAAUAAACAAAUGGGAUAAAAAAAAUACGACACCGCGAAUCUUGAUA